UGACCUUGCAAUCCGAAACUGGGCGGUGAAACAGGACUUCUAUUCUAUUUGAACUGAGAGAGAGAAAAGGUUGCUCACAAGGCAACCUUAACCAUGGAGUCUAGGUCAUCAAUUUGGGCACUUGGGUGGUUGUUGUUUUUCACAUUGGUGGUUGGUGAAAACGGCGUCGUUGCUAACAGUAGUAAUAGUAAGCGUGAUGGAUCAAGGGACUGCAAGUUUCCUGCAAUAUUCAAUUUCGGAGACUCUCAUUCGGACACUGGAACUACAUCGGCCGCCUUUGAUUCUCUUGGUGCACCACGCGGCAUGAGUUUUCCCGGCUUGCCUGGAAGGGCUUGCGACGGCCGUCUCAUCAUAGAUUUCAUAGCUGAGGAUUUGGGACUGCCAUACUUGAAUUCACCAGAGGACACAAUAGGGUCAAAUUUUACGCAUGGUGCUAAUUUUGCAACAGGAUCAACGAUGAUCAAUCCAGACGUCGUUUAUGGAUCCACCGUCCCAUUCCACCUAGAUGUCCAAGUCUCUCAGUUCUUUCAAUUAAAGUCCCACGCCAUUGCCCAACAUGAGCAACUUCGCAAUCACAGAAAUAACCCACCAAUUCAAAACAACCUCCCAGAGCCCAAAGUCUUUUCAGAGGCUUUAUACACCAUUGACAUUGGGUCAAAUGACAAGCUUGACAAUCUUUCCAUAUCUAAGAACAUGAACCAGUUCUCCAAUUCCGUACAGAGGCUACUUAGGGGAGGAGCAAAGUACUUGUGGAUACAUAAUAUUGGCCCAGCUAGCUGCACACCCUCCGGUCAUAACACAUGCAAGAAUGAGCCAGGAUGUGUGCUAGAUCAAAAUGGGUGUGAUAUAAAAUCCAGCAAGUCGAUUCAGGAGUUCAAUAAACAACUGAAGGAUACGGUCUAUAAGCUAAGGGCUCAGUACCCAGAUGCAGUAAUAACAUACGUUGACAUAUAUUCAGCUAAACACAGGCUUAUAGUCAAUGCAAAGAAUUAUGGUUUCACUAAUCCAUUCAAGUUCUGUUGUGGCAAUGAGUUUCACACAUGUGGUGCUGUAGAUUUUAAUGGAAAUCUCUUGGUCAAUGCAUGCAAUGAUCCACAAAAGUACAUUAGUUGGGAUGGUCUACACUACUCCCAGGCUGCCAAUCAGAUUGUUGCAAAGUUUGUUGUCAAUGGCUCCUUCUCUGAUCCACCAGUACCUGUUGCAAAGGCUUGUUAUAAGCAAUACUGAAAAAACUGUAUGUAUAUGUAUCCAUCAAUACUCAAAGAAGAGGUAUUGACGAUCUUUGAUUAAAGGCAUGUACAUGUCUUUGGUAUCUCCAUAAUAUACUCCGAAAUUUGUCAUCA